AAUUGACUUAAGCUCAAUUAAUAUAAUUAUAAUUAAAGCCUCCAUUUUAAUGCGUUCCUCCUUUGAACUUUCGGUCUUAACCAAAGUCAAUUUCUACAUGUAGAAACAUUUUCCUUUCUUUAAACCCGUCAACUAAGUAAUGUACACCGUUGAUCUUUCUGAUUUAGGUUGCUUUCCAUCUCCUAUUUUAUUUAGUUUCAUCUUUUCUUCCAUUUCCUGAUCUCUUCACUUCCCUCAAAUCCAAACUUUGAUCUCCAUUUUCAUGGGUUUUUGCGGUUUCCCUUUUAACCGCUAAGACCAUUGAUUCCAGGCAAGGGGGGAGCUCAGUGGGAAAGAAUUGGUUUUUUGAGGUUUUGGCACUUACCCUUUUGCUUAUUCAGCUUCUUCUAAAAUGGGUUGCUGUUACUUUUUGCUGUUUGAUUGUCUAUGAAGUAAAUUUUUUAUUUUUUUUCUUUUUCUGAUACUUCUUUGGACUGAGCAACUUUGACUUGGAAGUUGCUUGAUGUUGUUUGUUGUUUUGCUAUGGCUAAUUACAAGAAACCCCGUUUGAGGGAUGCAGCUUUCAAGCGUUUCCUCUCUGUAGUUUUAGUUACUUUAUUUGGGGUUUUACUUUUGAUAGGUUCUUUUAGGACCAAUGGAACCCCAGCUUCUAAUGGAUUAGAUGAAGAUUUAAGUGCAAGUGUUGACAGUGAGAGCUCUAGUGAAAAACUCAACCUUCCUAAACAGAAUGAAUUUUCAAUACAAUUGGAAAAACUUAACCGGUUGCCCCCUAGGAAUAUAGAUCUAUAUCCAAAGUUAGCUAAGGAUCAUAUAACCAUUGUUUUAUACGUGCAUAAUCGGCCUCAAUAUCUCCAAGUAGUUGUUAAGAGCUUGUCCAAGGUUGUGGGGAUAGCUGAAACAUUAUUGAUAGUUAGCCACGAUGGAUACUUUGAAGAAAUGAAUAAGAUUGUAGAAGGGAUCAAAUUUUGCCAACUGAAACAGAUAUUUGCCCCUUAUUCACCCCAUGUGUUUACUGAUAGUUUUCCUGGUGUGUCGUCUAACGACUGUAAGGAAAAGGAUGAUGCAGCGAAAAAACAUUGUAUUGGGAAUACUGAUCAGUAUGGAAAGCACCGGUCUCCAAAGAUAGUUUCUUUGAAGCAUCAUUGGUGGUGGAUGAUGAACACUGUGUGGGAUGGAUUGAAGGAGACCAGAGGGCAUGAUGGGCACAUUCUUUUCAUAGAGGAGGAUCACUUCAUUUACCCCAAUGCAUAUCGCAACUUACAGCUUCUUGUAUCACUGAAGCCUAACAAAUGCCCAGAUUGCUAUGCUGCAAAUCUGGCACCUUCUGAUGUGAAUUCAAGAGGAGAAGGAUGGGAUAGUUUGGUUGCAGAGAGAAUGGGAAAUGUGGGUUAUGCCUUCAACCGGACCAUUUGGAGAAAAAUCCAUAGGAAGGCUAAAGAGUUUUGCUUCUUUGACGAUUACAACUGGGAUAUAACAAUGUGGACAACAGUCUAUCCUUCAUUCGGGAGUCCAGUGUACACAUUACGAGGUCCAAAGACUAGUGCAGUUCACUUUGGGAAGUGUGGCUUGCAUCAGGGCCAAGGGCAGAGUAAUGGUUGCAUUGAUAAUGGAAUAGUGAACAUUCAGGUAGAUGACACUGAUAAGCUUGCUAAUAUCAGAGCAGAAUGGGAUGUGCGCGUGUAUGACAAUCAAUCAGGGUAUAAAGCUGGGUUUAAGGGUUGGGGUGGCUGGGGGGAUGACAGAGAUCGUCAAAUGUGCUUGAAUUUUGCUCAAAUGUACCAUUCAUAUAACACUUCUUCAGCUGUGAUGAGUUGAGACUUCAGCAUCUCAGUUUUCCCACUGUUGUAAGUGGUGAGAUCUGGAUUAUUUUUCUUCAAUAGUUUAUAGAAUUUGUAUUUGUAACAUUGAGAACUUUUCUUAUUCUUUCUCUUUUGCUGCAAAGAAACCAGAUUUUUCUUGUUUCCUUUGCAAAUUAGAAGCAAUUUGAUCCUCCUAGAGGUCAUAAAUACUUAUCUUGGGAGCAAGGAGAUAGCUUUUUGGCUACAAAGAGCAAUAAUUUUAUGCUGACAGUAGUGGAUUCCUGUUGAGCUCAGACUGCUUUGUAAGUUGGUUGACAUCCAAAAUUUUCUUCAUCAUAUUAAUAAAUGGAAAUAAACAUGAACAUCAAUGUGUUUUUGUUGAUACCUUUGUCUGGAUGAAUGUGCAUAUCGUCUGCCUUCACGCAUGCACACAGAAAAAAAAGACCUUAUUUACUUUCCCCAAAGAAUUGAAAAUUGUUGCAGGCCUAUGAUAUGAAUUAAUAUGGUUGCUUGAUUAUUGGCCUGAUACAUUAAGUUGUCCUGCCUACACUUGUUAAG